CGACAAAUUAUUUGUAUCCUUUCGUGUCUGUAUAGAAUUGAAUGGCCAGUUGAACGGCUAGUGAGGUACCGAAUCUGUGUGUUUGCUUUCCGAUUGCCAGCUCGUGAGUCUGAUUUGACCGGUGUUUGUCGCAAACCAGACCAAUAAGCAAUCUGCGAAGUAUCGGCAUUGACAGGCUGCCUGUGAUGCCAUAGGAAUUAACACGCUUACUUGUUAAUUCGGGUCGAAGAGACGCUCUGAAUUGAACUAAGGACGACAAAUUCCUGCGCCACGGGAGCAUACCUUGAAAAGAAAACAAUCUAUUUGACUCGUUAUCCUAUUUGCCUACUCUGUCUUUGGACUGGAAGUCAUCAUGGCAACAAGUGCAUUUUUAUUGUCCCGGCAGUGUCCGCGGUUACUAGGCCCAAGUACUCGCUCGCUCGGUUCGGGUGCAUUGAGGGGAGGGUUUCGGCAGCAUGGGAUGUUCAACCGGUCUAUUGUUACUUUGUCGGGGUUAUCGAGGGCUCCGAGGACGAAAGAUUGCUUCGUGCGUGGCGCAAAUGCAAGCUGCAUACAGAUACUCAGUCAGAAGAGAUGGACGACAAACAAAAGCCCAGAAGAUCAGGCACAACCUACGAAAGAACCUGAACAACCUCGGAUACAAGUCCCUCAAAAAACUCACGAAAACAUCUACACUGUUCCGAAUAUCCUGACCUUCUCUCGUCUGCUUGCUGCCCCCGCUGUAGGGUACUUUCUCGUCCAGCACCACCACGCUGCUGCCUUGUCCUUGUUUGCCUAUGCCGGCGUGACGGACCUCGUCGACGGGUAUAUCGCCCGUCGAUGGAACCUACAGACAGUUGUGGGGACCAUUAUCGACCCAAUGGCCGACAAGCUACUAAUGACCAUCGGUGUUGCUUGUUUAGCAGUAAACGGAUCUAUUCCCGUCUGGCUCGCCGUGAUCAUCCUCGGCCGCGACGUAGGCCUCGCAAUAUCCGCGAUCUACUACCGCUGGAUCUCCCUUCCACCACCCAAAACAAUGGCCCGGUAUUGGGACUUCUCGCUCCCCUCUGCAGAGGUGAAACCGACCGAGAUAUCCAAGAUCAACACCGCAUUGCAGCUUUUGCUCGUUGGCUCUGCGAUCGCUCUGCCUGUGCUUCCGGAGACGUUCUUGGAUGCUUGGCAUCUUAGAGAGGCUAUGACUGGAUUUCAAUACCUCGUCGCAGGAACCACCAUCUGGUCCGGUCUUAGCUACGUCUUCUCGAAGAACGCAGUUAAGAUCUUGACCAAGGAAGAAGUCCAGAAGAGGAUUGCUAGAGGUAGUACGAAGAAGGGGUCUUCUUAAUGUUUUCGAAACUUUUCGAUGGAGAAAGGGAAAAAGUCGUGAUCGUACAGUUGUACAUACGGGGUGAAUGGUUUGUGUACUUGAAGUCCUGUAAAUGAGUUGCAUAGCAUUGCAUUUAUCGCUUCAUAGUUGG